AUGGGGCGGAAGCUCGAUCCCAGCAGGAAAGAGAAGCGUGGGCCCGGGCGCAAGGCCCGCAAGCAGCGCGGGGCCGAGGUGGAGCUGGCCCGCUUCCUGCCGCCAGAGCCCGAGAGCGGCAGGAAGAAGCUCUCCAGUCACGGCAGAAGGAGGGCGGCGAAGAGGCGGCUGGCAGCGGGCGGCGGCCCGGCCGGGAGGAGGCCGCUCGGAGGAGGAGCAGGAGGAAGAGGAGGAGACGGAGAGCGGGAGCCCCCAGUUGAAGAGCAGUUGUCCCCACAGAAGGAGAAACGUGCUGUAAAAGCAGCAGGACAAACUGCCCGUAGCCGUUCUGGCUUCAGUGAUAGCAAUUCCAAGUGGCUGGCUCCAGCCAAAGCCAAGAAAACCCAACCAAAAGGAAACCAUGUGGAAUUAUCCAGUGAUGGUGAGGUGGAAGAGGGCUGGGAGAUGGAGGACGAGGAGGAUGGGAGCAGCGAGGAGAUGGUGGAUGAUUACGGUGCCUCAUCAUCAGAGGAAGAAGAGCUGCUGCCUAUUGAAAAAGCUGCCCUGAAGCAGAAGCCUGAGAGGGAAGGCCUCAGUGAAGAUGACAGCGAAGAGGAGGAGGAGGAGGAAGAGGAAGCAGAGGAGGCAACCAAGCAGAAAGUGGGACAGAAGGAAGAAGAGGGCCCAGAUCUGCAGCUCAACCUGGAUAUAGAUGAACAGUUUAAACUGCCAACUAGUGAAGAGAUUGAGAAGGAGGCUGCUGAGCCCCCCGACCUGCACAUUAUUCACCAGCGCAUCCAGGGCAACAUGGAGGUGCUGCAGGACUUUGGGGCGAAGCGGGAGGAGGGACGCUCCCGGCAGGAAUACCUCGCGCUGCUGCGCCGGGACAUGGCCGCCUACUACUCCUACAGCGACUUCCUGCUCACCAAGCUCAUGGACAUCUUCCCUCUCCCUGAGCUGGUAAACUUCCUGGAGGCUAAUGAGGUUCCGCGCCCUGUCACCAUUCGCACCAACACGCUGAAGACACGGCGGCGCGACCUGGCCCAGGCUCUCAUCAACCGUGGUGUGAAUCUUGACCCCCUGGGGAAGUGGUCCAAAACAGGACUUGUGAUUUAUGACUCCACUGUGCCCAUCGGUGCCACCCCAGAGUAUCUGGCUGGACACUACAUGCUGCAAGGAGCCUCCAGUCUUCUCCCUGUCAUGGCGCUGGCUCCACAGGAGAACGAGCGCAUCCUGGAUAUGUGCUGUGCCCCAGGAGGCAAGACCAGCUACAUAGCUCAGCUUAUGAAGAACACAGGGAUGAUCCUGGCUAAUGACAGCAGUGCUGAGCGGCUCCGGAGCGUGGUAGGGAAUUUGCACCGCCUGGGAGUCACCAACGCUGUUGUGAGUAACUGCGAUGGACGCCAGUUCCCCAAGGUUCUUGGAGGGUUCGACCGUGUCUUGCUUGAUGCUCCUUGUAGCGGAACAGGCGUCAUUUCCAAGGAUCCUGCUGUCAAAACCAACAAGGAUGAGAAGGAUAUCCUUCGUUGUGCCCACCUGCAGAAGGAGCUGAUUCUUAGCGCCAUAGAUUCGGUCAAUGCUGCCUCAGAGACAGGGGGCUACAUUGUCUACUGCACUUGUUCCAUCAUGGUGGAGGAGAACGAGUGGGUUGUGGAUUAUGCCCUGAAGAAACGCAAUGUCCGUUUGGUGCCCACAGGCCUGGACUUUGGCAAGGAAGGCUUCACCAGGUUCAAGGACCGUCGCUUCCACCCGUCCCUCAAGUGCACGCGGCGUUUCUACCCGCACACGCACAACAUGGAUGGUUUCUUCAUCGCCAAGUUCAAGAAGUUCUCCAAUGCCAUCCCGCAGGCACAGAAAGAUGAAGAGCCUGCUGUGGAAGCGGCAGCUCCGUCCGCUACCCCUGAUACCAUCGUCACAGAGCCUCCGGCAAAAAAGAAGAAACUUGAGGGCUCAAAAGCUGACAAAGAGCAAAAGCUGCCCCAGCCUGCUUUGAAGAAGAAACAUUCAUUGCAAGCACAGAGGAGACCCCUGAAGGCUGUGCGGCCCUCUCCCAAAAUGAUGCGACCUAAAGUCCCUACCAGGAAGAAGAAGCAUAGAGUGAAAGCGAACGGACAGUGAGAGGAGCUGCUUCUCCUUGUGUUGGUCCCUUCCUUGGAGAGCAAAGGCUGCUGCAGCUCUGUGUGUACCUCCACUUUGCUGCUCUGUGCAGAUCAUCUCUGCAGCUCUGAGCACCUGGGACAAUGACAGCCCCCUUUGCUCCUUUCCCUUUGCAUCAAGGACUGGGGCACUGACCCAUUAAAAGUUUUAUACUCUU